UAUCUAGCUGACUUGAUUUAAAUACCUAGAUUGUCUGUUAUUUUUCUCAUAAUAAUUGUAUUUAUCGUAAUAUCUGUCUCAAUAGCUAUAUUUCAAUUUAACAUAAAUGAUUCUUGUAAUCACUUACUUUCCCAUAAUGCUUUAAAAAAAUAAGAUGUAUUAUUUUGGAGUGCAACAUUUCCGGUUUUCAUAACUCAAUCUCACCCCCGGCCUUAGACCCGAACCUUUCGGCUUAAAGCAACACUGAAACUCUAACAGCCGCCCCCACCCUGCCCCAUGCACUAAUAAUGGCAGUCAUAGUACAAAAUGCUAGUUUUUAUUUUAAUAUUAAUUUCUAAUUUCGGCUAAUACAUUAUUGAGGUGUUAUUUACGGUGAUUUACUUAAAUUAUACAAUAUUUUAUUAAAUUUUAAACAAGGUGUUCGUGAAAAAUUUAAAAGUGAAAUAAUUAGUGUUCUGUAUAUUAUUUUAUAAAUUAAACUUAAAAUUACUCAUACAUACAUACAUAUUGAAGUAUGUUGUAAUGCUUUAUUAAUUUGCAUAGUUAGAAGUUAUAGAUGUACUGAUAAUAAUGAGAAUUGUUUGUUAAGUAGUGGAGCAAAGCAAAGUAUAUAUUAUUUUGGGUGUAGUCUUGAACAAUAGCUUCCAAAUGCAUUUUUGGAUAGAUAAACGACAAAGCCAGUGUUAUAGUGGUCGUCAUAGGGUGCCAUCAUCUUUGUCUGCAGGCGGAUUGGGCCGAUCACGCGGGCGUGUUGGCGUAAGUGCGCCGGGAGGGCGCAAGGGCAUGGCGGCGCCCGUGCACCGCUUUGUGCCCGUCGACUGCGCUCCCAGGCGACCGCGAGUACCACGCGCCACUCAGUAUGGCCCUCCACCGAUACCUCAAGUGCACGCAUCCAGGCGAACAGAAGAAUCGAUGUAUGUUGAAAUUCCUGUGGAGCCCCCUCAGCCCACAAUUGCCAGUCUGGCGGCGGCCCGCAGCGUCACCCCGGACACCCUGCUCCGUACCGCGGCCCUAGGACUGCAGCACACGCCCAUGAUGGCCCCACAUCUGAAGUUUGGCAUACUGGUGUCUCUCGCUUUGGCCACUAUUUUUAUAGCAGGAGCGAAAUACUACUUCGAUCGACAGAUGAUUCACGAAGCGGGCAGCAGCGAGGCAGGCGUGAUGUGUGCGGCGAUGGCGUGCGUGUGCGGGGCGGGAUGCGCGCUGUCCCUCUGUCGGCCCAGAGCUCCCGUGCCUCCGGCCUUUCCGCCGGAUCGCGUCUCCACCACGGGCACUAGGGAACGGAUGGCACCCUCUGAGCCCUCGGAAGACAUAUCCCUAGCGACCCUGCUGCAGAACUCGGAAGGAAGCGCCGGGGGCUCCUGCUCCCCCGAGGCGCCGCCGCCUUACCACAUCGCCGUUCUCCUGCCGGGAAGGGACCAGCCUUCCCCGCCCCCGCCCGCUUACAGCGCUCUCAGCUAGCUGCAUUCUCCCGUCAGCCAGGAGUUCAUCAUAUAGAUCCUGGCUGCGGGACCGUCUUACGAAAAAUCAUCAUCAGUUUCGGAAACCAUUUAGUUAAAACUAGAGUUGCCAGGUCGGCAUUCUUUUCAAGUCUUUUCUAAUCAAGUAUUUUUUAAAUAAUUCUACUCUAUUGCAACUAUAAAGAAGAAGAAAGAAGGGAGAAGAGAUAUAAUAGCGUUAUUCAUGGAAUUUUAAAGAUUUGUUUAUGCUUUAUAAACUAAAGUGGACAUCUUAAAACAAGAGUUUUUCGCAAUGAGUACACCUUUUGUUGCAUUUGCCUGAAGCGAGGAAAAAUAAGAGUCACUCGUGUCUCAUAUUUUGGUUAUAUUCUGGUGAAUCAAUGAGCUGGCAACUCUAUUUUAAACCCUAAUUAUGAUCAUUAAUUUUAACUUUCUUAAAGCCCAAUACAAUAUUUAAAAAAAAAAAUAAUAUCCGUAAUAGUGAAAGCCAAACUCAUAGUCGUUAAUUAAGUUAAACAUUUCAAUAUGUUUAUCAUAUAUGCACUCGGAAGUCUAAAGUCACCCCUCUAGAUCCUUUUAAUCGGCCAUUAAUUCCAUUCGUAUAUUAAGGUAAUUAAUUAUCGAUAAACAAUAAGCGAUUAGAGUCUUAUUCAUCUGUUAAUUAAAUUAAAAAUAAUAAGUUAACACCAUGAGCAGUGUCGGCCACGCGCGACUCUCACCCCUCAGAUCGUUAGUUCGAUCCCCGGCUGUGCUCCAAUGGACAUUUUUAUGAUUGAUAAAUGAUCAGGAAUCUGAGGCCCAGACCCAAAAUGGUGGGAGCUUCACAGAAAUAAUUUUAGUUAACACCAUAAGCCAAAGAAAAUGUUUCUAAUCUCAAUUAAAAGCAUAUUUUUGCUUCGGUUUAAACUCUUAAUAUAACUACAACAAAACGCACAUACACUUUUGAAGAAAAGCAGCUUUUAGCCCCGGAGGCAUUUAUUCCAUUGAGCUCGUCUCGUGGAAGAAGCGAACGCGUCAAAUGUCAAAUUGAACGAACGUAUACGAACACUCGACGAAACUAUCGAGUCCGGCGUAGUUAAUGCAUUGUAUAUAAGCUGUUUAGAAUAAGUCCGUAAUUGUGUAAGUUAGUAGGAGUUGGGACCUUAGUACGUAUUACAGAUGCGUCGAGUACAGGAACCUAGUGCUCUUCUCUUCUCUUUCUCAAAUUUGUGUUAAAUUAAAUAUUUCGACAGAAUUAUAUAGCAAAAUAAGAAUUUGAACGAGUCGGGCGUAGUGAAUGAAGUGCUCUGCGCAUCUCUAGUGUAUUUUAUGUAACGUUACGUUACGUUACGUAAUACGUUUGAACAAUCAGCGCGGGCUAAUUUCUAAUUUUUAUUAUAUUUUUAAUAACUUAAGGCUUAAAUCAGACUGAUGUUAGUUUUAUUUGUAAUUUUAUAUUUAGUUGAUAUAAUUUGGAGAUUUUAUCUCAGGCCAAUCGUAGUUUGUAUAAUAGGUAAGAUUCUCUCUUUCAAACGACUACGUUUUGUCUACGCACCUGUCGGUUGAAACCUUGACGAACGAGGCGGAAUGUGAUGGACGGAUUCGCCUGAUCUGGAAUAACUUAAACGCGGAUGUGAGGGUAGUUAAAAAAAUUGUUUAUCAAUUGUUGGUUUUGAAGCCUAAUAUUAUAUGUAGGUACUUAAUGUGUGUUAGUAUAGUUAAGUCUCUCUGUAAUUUAUAGACUGUUUGUUGAAUGAUUACGCUGACAUGUAAAUCUAAAGUUGUUUAUUGUGAUUUGAUGGUUUUAAACGUUUCAUUUUCCUUUGGUACCUGAUGAUUAUGUUUUUCAGUUAACAUCACUGUUAUUUAUCUUAAUUCUAUAUAAACAGUGAAAAAAAAAAUAACACGAAAAAAGUGUGAUCCACAGUCAGUGUCUUUAUUGAAACUACACUCAGUUGAUAACUAUCACGUCAGUGUACAAUUUUGUAUUUUUCUGACCAUUCCGAUGCGAAAUUUAUUAUAAAACGUGGACUAAAUUAAUGUAAUCAUGGUAAUAGAAGCGCUUCUAUGUUUAGUCUACGUUUUAUAAUAAAGCGUUUAUUUAAUUUACAAUGUCUUGUUCAUUCUAUAAGUUGAAGCAAAACCGAGUACAAUUUUGUAUAUUUUAUAAACAUUUCUCCUAUUUAAUGUAAGACUAUAUCUCUAUUAUUUGUCUAGUCAUAGUUAUAGCGCAAACUGAUGUGAUGUACUUAGUAAUGUUAUUUUUAUAUGUAUGAAGUCGUCUUUGUAACGGACGCUUUGAAUUAAAAUUUAGUC